GACAGUUUUACAGUAUAUUAUGUACCAAAAAUAUAUUAUUUAUUUUGUAAUAUACAAAAUAUAAAUUUUCUUCCUAAAUCUUAGUUCCGACUACCUUACUAAUUCCGAUUUUCGAUGAAAGUUCAGAGUUAUAAUUAUUAAUUACAUGAUAAUAUUAAGAAUUGCGAUUGCAGCUUGAUGCACUUUUUAAAAUCAAUAUCAAAUAGAAAUCAAUAAAGGUGCCCAAUUAUUGAAAAUGUACAUCAAUUUGUGGAAGACACAAAUUGAGUAUUACAAUAAACGUUAUAAAGUGAUAUGAAAUGAAUUAUAACUCUUCGACAAUGGAGGAUCUUCCCGAUGAAUUGAUCUUGAUGAUAUUUAGUUAUAUUAACGCCCUUGAAUUGAGCUUGGUGAUGUCCAAAGUAUGCAAAAAAUGGAAUAGUCUCAUUCAUUCCCGUAUUAUCAGAAUCAAAUGUGCAGAGCAUUAUAAGAAACUACACAAGGGCUUGCAAGUGAUCUUUGUAACAAAUACUGAUCUUUCCAUUCAAAAAUCCGAGACCCUGAUAUCUUACGUUAUUCGUUUAUCGCCGCGCUUACGUGAGCUCACUAUAAACAGUGACUUUCCACUUGAUAAAAAUAAUUUUAAGUCCCUUUCAUUGUUGGUGCAUUUGCGUCACUUGGAUGUUUUUGCCAAGAAGCAGGUUCUCAACAGGGACACACAUAUUAACCCUGGCAUAAAUUCAUUGGUUGUUAAUGAGACAAUAAGUUAUGCCUUUCUGGCAUCCUUAAGACAAAACAAAAUAUCAUCAUUUCACAUGUAUGGUAGAGCGGAUUACUUUAUUCCUAGGGAAAUGGAUUGUUUCCUCACCAUACAUGCUGCUCAGUUGCGGGAUCUUACACUAAGAUGUUCAGAAAUGACAGAUGCAAGGUUCAGAGUGUUGGCACACUGUGUGAACCUCAUGUCUCUUCAGCUCUACACUUGUCCAAUGCUGACUAAGCAUGGGAUCACACCCAUUGUGAGUCUGCCGGCACUGCAACGGCUGCAUAUUACAGGCACUGUUUUGCUCCGGAGCCGAGGCCUGCUGGAGCUCAUCGGGCGGCUGCCGCCGCUCGUGAAUGACCUGAACCUGAGCGGCUCGCAGUUCGACAGCUCGCACUGCAGCGCGCUGGCCAGCAGACUGCCGCGCCUGCGCGCGCUGGAGCUGUGGCGCUGCCGCGUGGAGCGCGCGGCGCUGCUGAAACUGGCGCGCCGCCUGCCGGCGCUCACCCGCCUCGACACCGACGUCGAGCUCAAGGUCCCGCAGAUCAAGGAGCUGGAGCGACACCCAGCGCUCACUAAGCUCCGCUGCAGAUGGAAAGGAGUAGUUACAACAAGCCUAUCUUUAACCUCCUCCUUGCAAGUGUACUCUGGCAGUUUUCUCCGCAACUCAUCGGAGGGUCCUUCAGCAGAACUGUUCUACUUCUGGACGCGAGAUAGCCCCCUCACUGAGCAUUCCCAAACAUCGCUCCCCACCCUGCUGCUGGAUAAUCCCUGUCUAGGGUUUAAGAAUAUACCCUGUGAACAGAAUGAUUACAUGACACCUGUGGAUUCUGACUAAAUUUUGAGACAAAUAAUCAGGGAUUAAGAAAUUAUCCAGUGAAAUAAGACUGAACUACUACUGUAGACAUGUUUCUCCUUUAAAAAUAUUGUUAUUUGUGAAUGAUUUGUUUGUAAUGCAAUGAUUGACAGCAAAUGGAAAUGGCCUAAAGUCCUAAUUUAACAAAUUUAUGAUUGUUGGAAUAGUGAUAGUGAAUAUUGUAUAUAAAUGUCAAUACUCAAUAUAAUGACUCAUGUGUUUAUAUAUGGAUGAGACCUGGAUGUCCUGGAUUGAAUUCCUGGGUUGUGCUAAUACACUGUUAUUAGGGUUUUUUUUUUACCAAGAACUACUCAGCAAUAGCUUGGAGUAGAAAGUGGCGCUGAUAUGCCUCCGAGAGCAUAUGUGGUAUAUGGAGUGUUUAUGUGAAUAUCUAAAGUCAUAAUGUCCUGUACACUUACAAACACUGGAUGCAAUUAAUAUAUUUUGAUAUAAUGUAAUGACAACCGUUAGGCCUGUCUGGCUUGGCACCAUCCACUCAUUCAUAUUUACCGCCAAAGAGCAGUACAGUAUUAUUCCAACGCGAAGGGGCGCCCUUCAACGUAAAAUUAUCUGCGUGCAUUAGGUAAGCGACGCUCGUGCUUACAGGAUGUCCUAGUGUGCGUGAGACGACUAAGAGUGAGGACAGCAUAAAAAAUAAAAAUGAG